AGCGCCCCUAGUAAACGUGAGAGACUUUAAGUGUUGUUUGGUGGAGUUUAGAAAGGUUUCGAGAGAAGUUCCAUUUCUUUCCAUUCCAUGGAGGUCAUUUCAUUCAAGCUCUUAAUUCUUCUAGAUUCUACUGGAAUUCUCCACACUCACUGAUCCUAUGCUUUUUCCACUCCAUCCGUCCACCAUCAUCGGAGCAUCUCACUUCCUCAACCCCCAAUACCUUUCCUCCAUCGCAACUUCAUCCUUUCAUCCAUCUAAACACACAAAUCAGCCAAUUCGAAGAUGUUCGGCGUCGUCUUUCCCAAUCGAAGCUUUCCCAUGGACAUUUCAGCUUUCUCCCAAAUCGACACUUUCCAUUGGGUUCUCGACAUGAACACAUUCGUCGGUGAAGCUUACGAUCAGAUUCGUGAAAUUUGCAUCUUCUUAUUGAAUAAUUUCACUCUUCCCCCCGAUAAAGCUCUGGCUGUCUAUAUUCAAUCCCCUGGAUCUCCCUUUCUCUUCUGUGGUGCUGUAACCCUAGCCAGACCCUCGGCGGUGCUAUCUCUUCCAUGGCCGGAGCCGGGUGGUCAGAUGCAGCUUAUGCCACCCGAUUCGGCUCCUCUCUCAGCUAAAAUUGGAGUCUCCGUCCAGGAUUUGGCUUCCUUGCAGUCGCUUGAUGUGACGGCGGAAAAGCGGAUUGAGCGUCUGGCUCUAAAAGUUGGUGAGAAUCUGUUCAAUUUCAUGCAAUCUUUCUGCGGUGUUGAUGGUUCAAAGUUGAUUGUGCCCAUGGAUAUCUUGGAUAGAUGGUUCAAAAAGUUUCAGGAGAAAGCCAAGCGUGAUCCUGAGUACUUGAAAGGCUUCGUUUUGUAAGGCUCCAUUCCACCCCCCCCAUCAUCUUUUUUUGUUGGGAGGGGAAUAUUUUGUGAUGCUGUAUUGUAGAGUAGUUUGUGUUUAAAUGAAUUAGGUUCUGUGUCUUUUCUAUGUGUUGGCAAAGUCGAUUUUUCCUUCCAAUCUUUGAAUUUCUGUUCUUCUCAUUUCUGUAUUUCACUUUGAUAUGAAAGAAAAUGGGCUUCUGCCAUUGCUGCAGAGAAAGAGCAGCUUGUGGUUCGUUACUAUCCUUCGAAGCUCAUUGAUUUUGAACUCUAGACUGUAUCUUAAUUUUGGGGCUUUAUCUCUCAAUCUGGCCUGGCGCUUUUUGGGAUGUAGAGGGUAUUGCUUGUGCUAUUUUGUGGAAGCUUUGAGGAAAGAAACAACAAAUAUUUUGAAAAAUCAGAGGGGUCUUGUGACCCUUGGUAGAACGAAGAAUCAUACUUCUCUUUGGGUUUGUAAAGAACAACAGAGUUUUGCUUGAUUGGAAGGGUUCUUUUUGUAUUCCCUUUGUUCUGGUUUAUUUAUUCUCAAAGAAAGGUUGGGUAUUUACCGAAGAAAAACGAUAGAUUAUUGUAGGUUUGUACGUGGGCUUUCAGCAAUGGACUCCAUGAUGGCUUGGUAGGGCUCUCUUUUUCUCACCACCAUGGUAGAGCCCUUUUGGGUUGACUAGAGUUUUAUUGGAUAACAUGUAAAGAGCAAACAAUCGAAUGUUAAGGUUCUUGGUUGAAAUUAAUUAUUUCUUGUUCUUUGGAA